UCCCGCGCCGCAGCUACCAAGGAGGCAAAUGUAUCACAUUCUUUUUUAAUUCAACCGUCCUUGCACUUUUUGUUCUUCGGGGGUUUAGACUUUCUUUCACUUUUUCCAAACUAUCGAAGGAAAGAUGCCUGCGACGAAUUCAUCUACGGUCACUUCGAGGGCAAAGGGCGAUAGCCCAAACCCAGCUCCUGCGGCAGCCGAAGGUGCUGAUAAGAGCCACGAUUUCUUCUGGACAUACACUGAGGAGCCUCAUCGAACUCGCCGUCUCGCUAUUAUCAAGGCUCACCCCGAGAUCACCAAGCUCUGCGGUCCUGAGCCUCUCACGAAAUGGGUCGUUCUCGGUGUCGUCUCUCUUCAGGUCUUCCUUGCAUGGAUGCUCCAGUCGACUCCUUUCUUCUCAUGGAAGUUCUGGGCUGUCGCCUACGUCUUUGGCGCCACUGCCAACCAGAACCUUUUCCUCGCCAUCCACGAGAUCUCACAUAACCUGGCUUUCCGAAGCGCUCGUCUCAACCGUCUGAUCGCCAUCUUUGCCAACCUUCCCAUUGGUAUUCCGUACAGCGCUUCGUUCCGACCAUACCACCUUACCCACCACAAGUCCCUCGGUGUCGAUGGCCUUGAUACCGAUCUUCCCACUGCCUUCGAGGCCUUCGUUCUGGAUUCGAUUCUCGGAAAGGCCUUCUUCUGCACUUUCCAGAUCUUCUUCUACGCCCUGCGACCCAUGGCCGUCUACCGCGUUCCUUUGACUGGAGUCCACGCCCUCAACAUCGCUGUCCAGGUCGCCUUUGAUCUCGUUCUUCUGAAGUACGCCUCUGUCAACUCUCUCCUCUACCUGCUGCUCUCCUCCUUUUUGGCUGGGAGUCUUCACCCUCUGGCUGGCCACUUCAUCGCCGAGCACUACGUGUACGAGACCGUUGCUCCCUCCGCUCGCAACCCGGAGAACAAGAUCCCCGUUCCCGAGACCUUCUCUUACUAUGGACCUCUGAACUGGUUCACCUACAACGUCGGUCUUCACAACGAGCACCACGACUUCCCCGCAGUGCCCUGGACUCGUCUCCACAAGGUGCGCGAGAUUGCUCACGAGUUCUAUGAUGACUUGCCCCGCCACGAGAGCUGGUGCUAUGCCAUCUGGCGCUUCAUCUUCGAUGAGAACGUUGGCAUGAGUUGCCGCGUGAAGCGUAAGCAGGGUGGACGUCUUGUAGGCGGCGGCGCCGUCGCCGACUGGAAGCAGUCUGAAAUCGAGUCGAUUUAGAAGCAACGCAAAAGUACAUAGAAUUAGUUGUAAUGCAACUGUUUUGAUAUUUUGACAAAGGGUGCGGCAUAUCAAGGCCAUGAUCAACUCAAACUUUUGCUGCAUUUGGUAACUUUUUGGCUGAGCUAGGCAGCAUAGAUUCAGACAAAAGUACCAUAGAAUGCAGAUCUUGCAUGGCGUUUUAGGGUAUGGAUAAAAACAUAAAUACAAUCUUUUGAGCGAUCACAAAACUC